AUGGCCUACACCAAGGAGGAGAUCGCUCUCCUCGAGCAGGCCGACACCGUCUCGGAUGUGACCGAUUCCGAGAAGCAGGAACUGGACGCGGACUGGUCCUCCACCAGCGAUCACUUCAAGCAUCAGGACUUCAAGGCCGCGGUGACCUUCCACGAGUUCACACUG